AGUACUUAGACUGAUUGGCUGCCAAAAUAGUUUUACAACCGUACGAUCAUGGUGUCUGCAGAUUUCGCUGAACGGCCAGUCAAGAAGCUCGUGCUGUUCGAUGUCGAUGGGACUUUAUCGCCCGCACGUCAGAGGGCAUCUCCAGAAAUAAUACAGCUCUUGCGCGAACUCAGAAAGCAGGUCGCUAUAGGCUUUGUUGGCGGGUCUGAUCUCGUCAAGAUAUCUGAGCAGCUCAGUGUUGGCGAUAUCAAUGUUCUGGAGGAGUUCGACUUUGGGUUCGCUGAGAACGGCCUUACCGCGUAUCGACUCGGAAAGCCGUUGGAGUCGCAGUCCUUCAUCAAAACUGUAGGCGAAAAGGACUAUCAGGAGCUGGUCAACUUCAUCUUGCACUACAUUGCUGACAUGAACAUCCCGAUCAAACGUGGAACGUUCGUCGAGUUCCGCAAUGGCAUGAUCAACGUCAGCCCUAUUGGCCGCAAUGCAACUGUCCAGGAGCGCAAUGAUUUCGAGGCUUAUGACAAGGAACAUCACGUUAGGGCCGACUUUGUGGAAAUCCUCCGGGAGAAAUUCGGACGACUGAAUCUAACGUUCUCUAUCGGUGGCCAAAUUUCAUUUGAUGUCUUUCCACACGGGUGGGACAAGACUUACUGCCUUAGACACGUUGAAAAAGAUAACUUCGAAGAAAUUCACUUUUUCGGGGACUAAGACGAGCAAGGUAAGAGUCCGAGUCUCUUACUAGGUCGUCCCCCUUGACAAUUUCUGUAAAGGGGGGUAACGACUACGAGAUAUUCAGUGAUUCUCGCACUGUCGGGCAUACUGUCAAGAGUCCUGCAGAUACGAUGAGAAUCUGCACGGAGCUCUUCCUGUCAUAAUGUGCUUGAUGUAAGUUC